AUGGUAAUUUCACCGAAUGAAACAUCAUCAAUAAUUGAAGCAAGUGGUAUUAAUUCCCUACGAACAAAUUUUGAUUGGUAUCCAUUUUAUCCUGGUAAAUGUCCACCAUCCUAUUAUAUUAUUCUACAAGGUAUUUGUGCACCGUUAAUUAUUAUUAUUUCAACGGUAUUAAAUUCAUUAAUUGCUGUUGUUUUACUACAAAAACACCUUCGUUCAGCAACAAAUAUUCUACUUUUGGCGAUCGCACUUUAUGAUACUCUGACGGGAUUAUUUCCUUUUCCAGCCUGCAUAUAUGUGUUCACAUUUAAAAAUUGUAAUGAUUACUGGCCUUAUAAUUAUGGGUGGUUCCAUCGAGUUAAUUAUGAAGUUCUUCCAUUUAUUUUUCACACAUGUUCUAUUUGGGUAACCGUUGUCUUAGCUAUUCAACGAUACAUAUAUGUGUGUCAUUCGGGAAAAGCGAAACACUGGUGUACAGUACGAAUGGCUCUUAAAGCAAUAGCAUGUGUUAAUCUUCUUGCACUUAUUGUUGCCGUACCAAUGUUUCUCGAGGGUUCAUUUCAUCCAAUAACAGUUCGUUCAUUGUUGGAUUCAACAAAAACAUUUGAAGCAUGUAUUGUGCGUGAUUACUCUAAAGAUCCAAGAUUCAGCACAUUAUAUUCUGUUUAUUCAGUGUUACGUGCUUUAUUAAUUAAUGUUGGCCCGUGCACGAUACUCGUUAUAUUAAAUGCUAUUUUGGUACACCGGAUGAAAGCAGCUAAACAAAAUCGAGCUAGACUCAUGAGAAAACGUAGUCAUGAAGCUCGCGCACAGGAACAAACAAGUGUGACAUUAAUGCUUGUUAUCGUAGUAACUAUUUUCUUAAUUGUGGAAGUUCCAAUGGCACUUCAUUUGAUUAUAACUGGUUUGCUCCAAUUAUUGAAAUCAAAUUUUUUAUCGGGAUUUUUAAACUUUUCUGUUCAAUUGCUUAAUUUUGCCGUUUUAUUAUCUUAUCCAAUCAAUUUUUUUAUUUAUUGUCGCAUGUCAAGAGCAUUUCGCGAUGCAUUCACAGAACUGUUAUGUCCAUCAAAAAUCCAAAAUAGACAAGACCGAUUACCAUCGACAGCAUUACGAUUAAUUAAUAAACAAUACAAUAAUGAUGAUAAUUACAAUCAUUUAGAAUGUAAUAAUAAUAAUAAUACACAUAUUGAAACGAGAAAUUCUAUUAUUAAAAUUCAACCUUCAUCAACUGUGAUAUUUAACCAUAGAGCUGAUGAAGCACAUAUAUCGUUAACCCCAUCGUUGAAUUCUAUUGAUAUACAACAUAAUGGAACUAAAAAUUCUCCUGACUCAACUAUGAAACAACAUGUACUUUUUCGCGAUGAUAAGAUCACAUCAAAAAAUAAGAGAUUGAAUAAUUUGUAG